UGAGCGCGGGGGCCCGGCCACUCGCAGCAGCUCUGCAGCGGGGACUGCACCGCCCGCCCUGCCGGACCCGCCCCAAUUGGGGCUCGCCUCUGCCAGCAGCCGCAGCACCGCAGCCUUGGGCUCCGCGCCGGCUAUGGCUGUACCCUGGGGCUGAGCGCGCAGGCUGUGUGACUGAGAUUCCUGACGAGAGAGACUGAGGGGAAGAGAGGAAGGAGGGGCGGGCUCCUGGCAAGGCAUCCGCUCCAGAACAGAAUCCUGCAAAGAUGGAGAAGGAGGAAGAGACAACCCGGGAGCUGCUACUGCCCAACUGGCAGGGCAGUGGCUCCCAUGGGCUGACCAUCACCCAGAGGGAUGAUGGUGUCUACGUGCAGGAGGUGAUGCAGAACUCGCCUGCGGCCCGCACUGGGGUGGUCAAGGAGGGGGACCAGAUUGUGGGUGCCACUAUCUACUUUGACAACCUGCAGUCAGGCGAGGUAACCCAGCUGUUGAACACCAUGGGGCACCAUACGGUGGGCCUGAAGCUGCACCGCAAGGGGGACCGUUCCCCUGAGCCUGGCCAGACCUGGACACAUGAAGUCUUCAGCUCCCGCAGCUCUGAAGUGGUUCUGAGCGGGGAUGAUGAGGAGUACCAGCGUAUCUACACCACGAAGAUCAAGCCUCGGCUGAGGUCAGAGGAUGGAGUGGAAGGGGACCCUGGGGAGACCCAGAGCCGCACCAUCACAGUGACCAGAAGGGUCACGGCCUACACUGUGGAUGUGACUGGCCGAGAAGGAGCCAAGGACAUUGACAUCAGCAGCCCUGAAUUCAAGAUCAAGAUCCCAAGGCAUGAACUGACUGAAAUCUCCAACAUGGAUGUGGAGACCCGGUCAGGGAAGACAGUGAUCAGACUGCCCUCAGGCUCAGAGGCAGCCUUUCCAGCCACAGGCUCUGCUGUGGAGAUCCAAGCAGGGUCCAUUUCUGCUUCAGGACCAGAGCUCCAAGGUGCUAGCCACUCAAAGCUCCAGGUCACCAUGCCUGGGAUAAAGGUGGGAACCUCCAGUGUCAAUGUUAGCACGAAGGGCAUAGACUUGGGUGGCAGAGGAGGGGUCCAAGUACCAGUAGUGGACAUUUCACCUUCUCUUGGGGGUGAAGCAGUGGAGGUGCGGGGCCCAUUCCUUGAGAGUGAUGAUAAUGGGAAAAUUAAAAUUCCUACCAUGAAGGUACCAAAAUUUGGUGUCUCGACAGGGCCUGAAGGCCAGGUAUCAGAGGCCAGGCUAAGUGUUUCUGCACCUGAAUUCUCUAUGGGGCACCAGGACAGCAGGCCAGGCUUUACUAUCGGUGGGAACAUCCAGGUCCCUCAGCCAGAAGUCAGUGCCUCCUCUGCCAAUUUUGAGUGGCUUAAAGGGAAGCUGAAGGGCCCCCAAAUCAGUGGGCCAUCAUUUGAAGGUGACCUAGGCUUGAAAGGUGCCAAGCCACAGGGGAGCAUUGGGGUACACACCUCUGCUCCCAAAAUUGAGGGCAGCAUCACUGGCCUGAAUGUGGAAGUUUCUGUUCCUGAUGUUGAUGUUCAUGGGCCUGGGGGCAAAAUGAAUGUGCCCAAAAUGGAAGUCCCCAAAUUCUCUGUAUUUGGUUCAAAGGGAGAGGGGGCUGGCAUUGAGGUGACCAUGCCCACAGGUGAAGUGACUCUUCCUGGGGUCUCUGGGGAUGUCAGUUCACCUGAGGUUGCUACUGGUGGGCUGGAAGGGAAGAUGAAAGGUGCUAAAGUCAAGACUCCUGAAAUGAUUAUUCAAAAACCUAAAAUUUCUAUGCAGGACGUAGAUCUGAGCUUCGGAUCCUCUAAAGUGAAAGGAGAUAUUAAAGUUUCUGCUCCUGGGGUGAAAGGUGAUGUUAAAGUGCCUCAAGUGGCAGUUAAAGGCUCCAGAGUGGACAUAGAGACACCAAACCUGGAGGGGACCUUGACAGGCCCCAAGCUUGGCAGUCCUUCUGGGAAAAUAGGAACCUGUAGGAUCUCUAUGGCAGAUGUAGACUUAAGUGCUGCUGUACCUAAAGUGAAAGGGGGUGUAGAUGUCACACUCCCAAAAGUGGAAGGGAAAGUCAAAGUCCCUGAAGUUGAUGUCAAAGGCCCUAAAGUGGAUGUCAGUGCUCCAGAUGUGGAAGUUCAUGGCCCCGAAUGGAACCUGAAAAUGCCCAAGAUGAAAAUGCCCAAGUUCAGCACUGCAGGAGUCAAAGGUGAAAGCCCAGAUGUAGACGUGACUCUACCCACAGGAGAUGUCAUUAUUUUAGGGCCCAAGGUCAAUGUGGAAGCCCCAAAUGUCAACAUGGAAGAUCUGGGUGUCAAACUUGUAGGCCCUGAUAUUAAGCUGCCUGAUGUGAGUGUCAAGACACCAGAAGCCUCUAUGCCUGAUGUAGAUUUGCAUUUUAAAGGCACAAAGGUAAAGGGAGAGAAUGAUGUCACAGUACCAAAGCUUGAAGGAGAACUGAAAGGCCCCAAAGUGAACAUUGAUGCCCCAAAUGUGGAUGUUCAUAGCCCAGACUGGCACUUGAAGAUGCCCAAGAUGAAAACGCCCAAGUUCAGUGUGCCAGGUUUCAAAGCAGAGGACUCAGGAGUGGAUGUGACUCUGCCCAAGGCUGAUGUGGACAUUUCUGGGCCCAAGGUGGAUUUGAGUGCUCCAGAGGUUAGCAUUGAGGGACCAGAAGAGAAAUUGAAAGGACCUAAGUUUAAGAUGCCUGAGAUGAAUAUCAAAGUCCCAAAGAUCUCCAUGCCAGAUGUGGACUUACACUUGAAAGGCCCUAAUGUAAAGGGAGAAUAUGAUGUUACAAUGCCCAAGGCUGAAGGUGAGAUUAAAGUUCCUGACAUUGAACUUAAAAGUGCCAGAGUUGACAUUGAUGCCCCAGAUGUGGAUAUUCAAGGACCAGACUGGCACCUGAAGAUGCCCAAGGUGAAAAUGCCCAAGUUCAGCACACCUGGUUUCAAAGCAGAGGGCCCAGAAGUGGAUGUGAACCUGCCUAAGUCUGACAUUGAUGUCUCAGGACCCAAGGUGGAUGUUGGAGUUCCAGAUGUGAAUAUUGAAGGACCUGAGGGAAAGCUGAAGGGUCCCAAGUUUAAGAUGCCAGAGAUGAACAUCAAGGCCCCCAAGAUCUCCCUGCCUGAUGUGGAUUUACAUAUGAAAGGUCCCAAGGUGAAAGGAGAGUACGAUGUAACAGUACCAAAGCUGGAAGCAGACCUGAAAGACCCAAAAGUAGAUGUCAGUGCCCCAGAUGUUGAAGUGCAUGGUCCUGAUUGGAACCUGAAGAUGCCAAAGAUUAAAAUGCCCAAAUUUAGCAUGCCCAGUCUCAAAGGAGAGACCCCAGAGUUGGAUGUGAAUCUGCCCAAGGCUAAUGUGGACAUUUCUGCACCAAAGGUAGAUAUUACUGCUCCAGAUCUGAGCCUUGAAGGACCAGAAGGAAAGUUGAAAGGUCCUAAGUUUAAGAUGCCCGAGAUGCACUUCAGAGCUCCUAAGAUGUCUCUACCGGAUGUUGACCUGGAUCUUAAAGGACCCAAAAUGAAAGGAAGUCUAGAUAUAUCUGCACCAAAAAUAGAGGGUGAAAUGAGUGUUCCAGAUGUGGACGUCAAGGGUCCCAAGAUAGACAUUAAAGCACCAGAUAUGGAUGUUCAGGGCCAAGACUGGAGCCUGAAAAUGCCAAAGAUGAAAAUGCCCAAGUUCAGCAUGCCCAGCCUCAAAGCAGAGGGCCCAGAAGUGGAUAUGAACCUGCCUAAGGCUGACAUUGAUGUCUCAGGACCCAAGUUUGACAUUGAGGCCCCAGAUGUGAGCCUUGAAGGUCCAGAAGGGAAGCUGAAGGGUCCCAAGUUUAAGAUGCCUGAGAUGCAUGUCAAAGCUCCCAAGAUCACCAUGCCUGAUGUGGACUUACACUUGAAAGGCCCCAAAGUCAAAGGGGAUGUGGAUGUGUCUGUUCCCCAGAUAGAAGGUGAAGUGAAAGUACCAGAUAUUGACAUCAAAGGGCCCAAAGUGGACAUUAAUACCCCAGAUGUGGAUGUUCAUGGCCCAGACUGGAACUUGAAAAUGCCCAAGAUGAAAAUGCCCAAGUUCAGCAUGCCCAGUUUCAAAGCAGAGGGCCCAGAAGUGGAUGUGAACCUGCCCAAGGCUGAUGUUGAUGUUUCAGGACCAAAGGUGGACACUGAAGGCCCUGAUGUGAAUCUUGAGGCUCCUGAAGGGAAGCUGAAGGGUCCCAAGCUUAAGAUGCCAGACAUGCACUUUAAGGCACCUAAGAUCUCCAUGCCUGAUGUGGACUUAAACUUGAAAGGCCCCAAAGUCAAAGGGGAUGUGGAUGUGUCUGUUCCCCAGAUAGAAGGUGAAGUGAAAGUACCAGAUGUUAACAUCAAAGGGCCCAAAGUGGACCUUACUGCCCCAGAAGUGGAUGUUCAUGGUCCUGACUGGAACCUGAAGAUGCCCAAAAUGAAAAUGCCAAAGUUCAGCGUGCCUGGUUUCAAAGCAGAAGGUGCAGAAGUGGAUGUGAACUUGCCCAAAGCCAACAUUGAUGUUUCAGGACCCAAGGUGGACAUUGAAGCCCCUGAUGUGAGCCUUGAGGGUCCAGAAGGGAAGCUGAAGGGUCCCAAGUUUAAGAUGCCAGAGAUGCACUUCAAGGCUCCCAAGAUCUCCAUGCCUGAUGUAGACCUGAAUCUUAAGGGGCCCAAACUAAAGGGAGAUAUGGAUGUGUCUUUGCCUGCGGUAGAAGGUGAAGUGAAAGUGCCAGAUGUUGAUAUUACAGCACCCAAAGUUGACAUUAGUGCUCCAGAUGUUGGCAUCCAUGGUCCAGACUGGCACCUGAAGAUGCCCAAGGUGAAAAUGCCCAAGUUCAGCAUGCCCAGUUUCAAAGGAGAGGGUCCAGAAGUAGAUGUAAACCUGCCCAAGGUGGAUGUUGAAGUUCCAGAUGUGAAUAUUGAAGGUCCAGAUGCAAAACUAAAAGGUCCCAAAUUUAAGAUGCCAGAAAUGAAUAUAAAGCCUCAGAAAAUAUCCAUGCCUGAUGUUGGUUUGCAUUUGAAAGGUCCUAAAAUGAAAGGAGAUUAUGAUGUUACAGUUCCAAAAGUAGAGGGACAGAUUAAAGCUCCUGAUGUUGAUGUCAAAGGCCCCAAAGUUGACAUUAAUGCACCAGAUGUGGAAGUUCAUGGUCCAGAUUGGCACCUGAAGAUGCCCAAGGUGAAAAUGCCCAAGUUCAGCAUGCCUGGCUUCAAAGGAGAGGGCCCAGAAGUGGAUGUGAACAUUCCCAAGGCUAAUAUUAAUGUCUCAGGACCCAAGGUGGACAUUGAUGCUGCAGAUGUGAAUCUUGAAGCUCCAGAGGGAAAACUAAAGGGUCCUAAAUUCAAGAUGCCAAGCAUGAAUAUACAGACACACAAAAUCUCUAUGCCUGAUGUUGGACUUAAUCUGAAAGCCCCCAAACUGAAAACUGAUGUGGAUGUUUCUUUUCCCAAAGUGGAAGGGGACUUGAAAGGUCCUGAAAUUGAUGUCAAAGCCCCUAAGAUGGAUGUUAACGUUGGUGAUAUUGAUGUUGAAUAUCCAGAGGGAAAGUUGAAAGGCCCCAAGUUUAAAAUGCCAGACAUGCACUUUAAGGCACCCAAGAUCUCCAUGCCUGAUGUGGACUUACAUUUGAAAGGCCCCAGAGUCAAAGGGGAUAUGGAUGUAUCUGUGCCCAAGGUAGAAAGUGAAAUGAAAGUGCCAGAUGUUGACAUCAAAGGGCCCAAAGUGGACAUUGAUGUCCCAGAUGUAGAUGUUCAUGGUCCAGACUGGCACCUGAAGAUGCCGAAGAUGAAGGUGCCGAAGUUCAGCAUGCCUGGUUUCAAAGCAGAAGGCCCAGAUGUGGAUGUGAACCUGCCUAAGGCUGACAUUGAUGUCUCAGGACCCAAGGUGGACAUUGAAGCUCCUGAUUUGGACAUUGAGGGACCUGAAGGAAAAUUGAAAGGUUCCAAAUUUAAGAUGCCCAAGUUGAAUAUUAAAGCUCCCAAGAUAUCCAUGCCAGAUAUAGACUUAAAUUUAAAGGGACCCAAAGUGAAAGGAGAGAUUGAUGUUUCUGUGCCAGAACUGGAAGGUGAUCUGAGAAGCCCGCAAGUUGAUAUCAAAGGUCCUCAUGUAGAUGUGGAGGUGCCUGAUGUUGAGUUGGAGUGCCCUGAUGCAAAGUUGAAAGGUCCCAAGUUUAAGAUGCCAGACAUGCACUUCAAGGCUCCUAAGAUUUCCAUGCCUGAUGUAGACUUACACUUGAAAAGCCCCAGAGUCAAAGGGGAAAUGGAUGUGUCUGUGCCUAAAUUGGAAGGAGAUUUGAAAGGCCCCAGUGUGGAUGUGGAGGUGCCUGAUGUUGAGUUGGAAUGUCCUGAUGCAAAAUUGAAAGGCCCCAAGUUUAAGAUGCCAGACAUGCACUUUAAGGCGCCCAAGAUCUCCAUGCCUGAUGUGGACUUACACUUGAAAGGCCCCAAAGUCAAAGGGGAUGUGGAUGUAUCUGUGCCCAAAGUAGAAGGUGAAAUGAAAGUGCCAGAUGUUGACGUCAAAGGGCCCAAAGUGGACAUUGACGUCCCAGAUGUAGAUGUUCAUGGUCCAGACUGGCACCUGAAGAUGCCCAAGAUGAAAAUGCCGAAGUUCAGCAUGCCCGGUUUCAAAGCAGAGGGCCCAGAUGUGGAUGUGAACUUGCCUAAGGCUGACAUUGAUGUCUCAGGACCCAAGGUGGACAUUGAAGCUCCAGAUGUGAGCCUUGAGGGUCCAGAAGGGAAGCUGAAGGGUCCCAAGUUUAAGAUGCCUGAAAUGCAUUUGAAGGGCCCCAAAAUCUCUAUGCCUGAUGUGGACUUAAGUCUAAAAGGCCCCAAAGUCAAAGGGGAAAUGGAUGUGUCUGUGCCUAAAUUGGAAGGAGAUUUGAAAGGCCCCAGUGUGGAUGUGGAGGUGCCUGAUGUUGAGUUGGAAUGUCCUGAUGCAAAAUUGAAAGGCCCCAAGUUUAAGAUGCCAGACAUGCACUUUAAGACGCCUAAGAUCUCCAUGCCUGAUGUGGACUUACACUUGAAAGGCCCCAAAGUCAAAGGGGAUGUGGAUGUAUCUGUGCCCAAAGUAGAAGGUGAAAUGAAAGUGCCAGAUGUUGACGUCAAAGGGCCCAAAGUGGACAUUGAUGUCCCAGAUGUAGAUGUUCACGGUCCAGACUGGCACCUGAAGAUGCCGAAGAUGAAAAUGCCGAAGUUCAGCAUGCCCGGUUUCAAAGCAGAGGGCCCAGAUGUGGAUGUGAACCUGCCUAAGGCUGACAUUGAUGUCUCAGGACCCAAGGUGGACAUUGAAGCUCCAGAUGUGAGCCUUGAGGGUCCAGAAGGGAAGCUGAAGGGUCCCAAGUUUAAGAUGCCUGAAAUGCAUUUGAAGGGCCCCAAAAUCUCUAUGCCUGACGUGGACUUAAGUCUAAAAGGCCCCAAAGUCAAAGGGGAAAUGGAUGUGUCUGUGCCUAAAUUGGAAGGAGAUUUGAAAGGCCCCAGUGUGGAUGUGGAGGUGCCUGAUGUUGAGCUGGAAUGUCCUGAUGCAAAAUUGAAAGGCCCCAAGUUUAAGAUGCCAGACAUGCACUUUAAGGCGCCCAAGAUCUCCAUGCCUGAUGUGGACUUACACUUGAAAGGCCCCAAAGUCAAAGGGGAUGUGGAUGUAUCUGUGCCCAAAGUAGAAGGUGAAAUGAAAGUGCCAGAUGUUGACGUCAAAGGGCCCAAGAUGGACAUUGACGUCCCAGAUGUAGAUGUUCAUGGUCCAGACUGGCACCUGAAGAUGCCCAAGAUGAAAAUGCCAAAGUUCAGCAUGCCUGGUUUCAAAGCAGAGGGCCCUGAAGUAGAUGUGAACCUGCCCAAGGCUGAUAUUGAUGUCUCAGGACCCAAGGUGAACAUUGAAGCUCCAGAUGUAAGCCUUGAGGGUCCAGAAGGGAAGCUGAAGGGUCCCAAGUUUAAGAUGCCAGAGAUGCACUUCAAGGCCCCCAGGAUCUCCAUGCCUGAUGUUGAUUUUAACUUAAAGGGGACUAAAAUCAAAAGCGAUGUUGAUGUUUCUGCCCCCAAACUGGAGGGAGAAUUAAAGGGACCAGAAUUGGAUGUCAAGGGUCCCAAAUUGGAUGUUGACAUGCCAGAAGUAGCUGUGGAAGGCCCAGAUGGCAAAUGGAAAAGUCCCAAGUUCAAGAUGCCAGACAUGCACUUUAAAUCCCCCAAAAUCUCCAUGCCAGACAUUGAUUUACACCUAAAGAGUCCCAAGAUAAAGGGAGAAGUGAAUGUAGAUGUUCCCAAAUUGGAAGGUGAUCUAAAAGGGCCAAAUGUGGACAUUAGUGGGCCGGAUGUUGACCUCGAAGGACCAGAAGGCAAAUUGAAAGGGCCCAAAUUCAAGAUGCCUGAUAUGCAUUUCAAAGCCCCCAAUAUUUCUAUGCCUGCUGUUGACCUAAAUCUGAAAGGACCCAAAGUCAAAGGGGAUGUAGAUGUGUCUGUACCUGAUGUAGAAGGCAAAAUUAAAGUACCAGAUGUGAACAUCAAGAGCCCCAAAGUAGAUGUAGAUGCUCCAGAUGUUCACGGCCCAGAUUGGCACCUGAAAAUGCCUAAAAUGAAAAUGCCUAAGUUCAGCAUGCCUGGCUUCAAAGGAGAGGGUCCAGAAGUGGAUGUAAACCUGCCUAAGGCUGACAUUGAUGUCUCAGGACCCAAGGUGAACAUCGAAGGCCCUGAUGUUAAUAUUGAAGGACCAGAGGGAAAGCUGAAAGGGCCUAAGUUCAAGAUGCCUGAGAUGAACAUCAAAGCCCCCAAGAUUUCCAUGCCUGACUUUGAUUUGCAUCUGAAAGGUCCCAAGGUAAAGGGUGAUGUGGAUGUUUCUCUGCCCAAAGUGGAAGGUGACCUGAAGGGCCCUGAAGUUGACAUCAAAGGCCCCAAAGUGGACAUCGAUGCCCCAGAUGUGGAUGUCCAAGGCCCCGACUGGCACCUGAAGAUGCCCAAGGUGAAAAUGCCUAAGUUCAGCAUGCCUGGCUUCAAAGGAGAGGGUCCAGAAGUGGAUGUGAACCUGCCUAAGGCUGACAUUGAUGUCUCAGGACCCAAGGUGAACAUCGAAGGCCCUGAUGUUAACAUUGAAGGACCAGAGGGAAAGCUGAAAGGGCCUAAGUUCAAGAUGCCUGAGAUGAACAUCAAAGCCCCCAAGAUUUCUAUGCCUGACUUUGAUUUGCAUCUGAAAGGUCCCAAGGUAAAGGGUGAUGUGGAUGUUUCUCUGCCCAAAGUGGAAGGUGACCUGAAGGGCCCUGAAGUUGACAUCAAAGGCCCCAAAGUGGACAUCGAUGCCCCAGAUGUGGAUGUCCAAGGCCCCGACUGGCACCUGAAGAUGCCCAAGGUGAAAAUGCCUAAGUUCAGCAUGCCUGGCUUCAAAGGAGAGGGUCCAGAAGUGGAUGUGAACCUGCCUAAGGCUGACAUUGAUGUCUCAGGACCCAAGGUGAACAUCGAAGGCCCUGAUGUUAACAUUGAAGGACCAGAGGGAAAGCUGAAAGGGCCUAAGUUCAAGAUGCCUGAGAUGAACAUCAAAGCCCCCAAGAUUUCCAUGCCUGACUUUGAUUUGCAUCUGAAAGGUCCCAAGGUAAAGGGUGAUGUGGAUGUUUCUCUGCCCAAAGUGGAAGGUGACCUGAAGGGCCCCGAAGUUGACGUCAAAGGCCCCAAAGUGGACAUUGAUGCCCCAGAUGUGGAUGUUCAUGGCCCCGACUGGCACCUGAAGAUGCCCAAGGUGAAAAUGCCUAAGUUCAGCAUGCCUGGCUUCAAAGGAGAGGGCCCAGAAGUGGAUGUGAACCUGCCUAAGGCUGACAUUGAUGUCUCAGGACCCAAGGUGGACAUCGAAGGCCCUGAUGUUAACAUUGAAGGACCAGAGGGAAAGCUGAAAGGGCCUAAGUUUAAGAUGCCUGAGAUGAACAUCAAAGCCCCCAAGAUUUCUAUGCCUGACUUUGAUUUGCAUCUGAAAGGUCCCAAGGUAAAGGGUGAUGUGGAUGUUUCUCUGCCCAAAGUGGAAGGUGACCUGAAGGGCCCUGAAGUUGACAUCAAAGGCCCCAAAGUGGACAUCGAUGCCCCAGAUGUGGAUGUCCAAGGCCCCGACUGGCACCUGAAGAUGCCCAAGGUGAAAAUGCCUAAGUUCAGCAUGUCUGGCUUCAAAGGAGAGGGCCCAGAAGUGGAUGUGAACCUGCCUAAGGCUGACAUUGAUGUCUCAGGACCCAAGGUGGAUAUUGAUGUUCCAGAUGUGAAUAUUGAUGGCCCAGAUGCAAAACUGAAGGGUCCCAAGUUUAAAAUGCCUGAGAUGAAUAUCAAGGCUCCUAAAAUGUCAAUGCCAGAUUUGGACCUUAAUCUUAAAGGCCCUAAAAUGAAAGGAGAGGUGGAUGUUUCACUUCCUGAUGUAGAAGGUGAUUUGAAAGGUCCAACUGUUGACAUAAAGGGCCCAAAGGUAGAUGUUGAUGUUCCUGAUAUUGACAUUCAUAGCCCAGAUGCCAAAUUAAAAAGUCCAAAACUGAAGAUGCCUGACAUGCAUGUAAACAUGCCCAAGAUCUCCAUGCCAGAAAUUGACUUGAAUUUGAAAGGCUCGAAGCUGAAGGGAGAUGUUGAUAUUUCUGGGCCCAAAUUGGAAGGUGACAUUAAUAUGGAUGUAAAGGGCCCAGAAGUAGACAUUUCCAGUCCUAAGGUCAAUAUUGAAGGCAAGUCAAAGAAAUCUCGUUUUAAGCUUCCCAAAUUUAAUUUUUCAGGCUCCAAAGGUCAGACACCUGAGGUUGAUGUCAAAGUUAAAAAACCAGAUAUUGAUGUAACAGGUCCAAAAGUUGAUAUUAAUGUUCCUGAUGUUGAGGUCCAAGGAAAGGUGAAAGGAUCUAAAUUUAAAAUGCCUUUCUUGAGUAUUUCUUCCCCCAAAGUUUCUAUGCCUGAUGUGGAGCUAAAUUUAAAAGGUUCUAAAGUCAAAGGAGAUUUAGAUCUUGCAGUUCCUAAUUUAGAAGGUGAAUUAAAAGGUCCUACAGUGGAUAUUAAGGCACCAGAAGUUCAUCUCAGUGCACCUGAUGUGGAUGUUCAUGGUCCAGACUGGAAUCUGAAAAUGCCCAAGAUGAAAAUGCCGAAGUUCAGUGUGCCUGGCUUAAAAGCAGAAGGGCCAGAUGUGGCUGUGGAUUUACCAAAAGGAGACAUCAACAUAGAGGGUCCAAGGAUGAACAUUGAGGGCCCAGGAAUCAAUGUGGAAGGUCCAGAGGGAGAAUUAAAAGAUCCCAAAUUCAAGAUGCCUGACAUAAAUAUCAAAGCUCCCAAGAUCUCCAUGCCUGACAUUGACUUAAACCUGAAAGGCCCUAAACUGAAGGGUGAUGUGGAUGUUUCUCUGCCCAAAGUGGAAUGUGACCUCAAGGCCUCUGACAUUGAUAUCAAAGGUCCCAAAGUGGACCUAAGCACCCCAGAUGUAGAUGUUCAUGGUCCAGACUGGCAUCUAAAGAUGCCAAAGGUAAAAAUGCCCAAGUUCAGUAUGCCUGGCUUCAAAGGAGAGGGCCCAGAAGUGAAUGUGAACCUGCCUAAGGCUGACAUUGAUGUCUCAGGACCCAAGGUGGACAUUAAUGUUCCAGAUGUGAAUAUUGAAGGCCCAGAUGCAAAACUAAAAGGUCCCAAGUUCAAGAUGCCUGAGAUGAACAUCAAAGCUCCUAAGAUUUCCAUGCCUGACAUUGAUCUGAACCUGAAGGGCCCCAAAAUGAAGGGUGAUGUGGAUGUGUCUUUGCCAAAAGUGGAAGGUGACCUCAGAGGCCCCAAAGUGGACAUUGACACUCCUGAUACUAACAUUGAAGGCCCUGAGGGUAAGUUGAAAGGGCCCAAAUUUACAAUGCCAGAGAUGCACCUAAAAACUCCCAAAAUAUCGAUGCCAGACAUUGAUUUAAACCUGAAGGGCUCCAAGAUGAAGGGUGAUGUAGACAUUUCCAUUCCCAAGAUUGAAGGGGAUCUAAACGGCCCCGAGGUUGAUAUCAAAGGCCCCAAAGUGGACAUCAAUGCCCCAGAUGUCGAUGUCCAAGGCCCCGACUGGCACCUGAAGAUGCCCAAGGUGAAAAUGCCUAAGUUCAGCAUGCCUGGCUUCAAAGGAGAGGGUCCAGAAGUGGAUGUGAACCUGCCUAAGGCUGACAUUGAUGUCUCAGGACCCAAGGUGAACAUCGAAGGCCCUGAUGUUAACAUUGAAGGACCAGAGGGAAAGCUGAAAGGGCCUAAGUUCAAGAUGCCUGAGAUGAACAUCAAAGCCCCCAAGAUUUCUAUGCCUGACUUUGAUUUGCAUCUGAAAGGUCCCAAGGUAAAGGGUGAUGCGGAUGUUUCUCUGCCCAAAGUGGAAGGUGACCUGAAGGGCCCUGAAGUUGACAUCAAAGGCCCCAAAGUGGACAUCGAUGCCCCAGAUGUGGAUGUCCAAGGCCCCGACUGGCACCUGAAGAUGCCCAAGGUGAAAAUGCCUAAGUUCAGCAUGCCUGGCUUCAAAGGAGAGGGCCCAGAAGUGGAUGUGAACCUGCCUAAGGCUGACAUUGAUGUCUCAGGACCCAAGGUGAACAUCGAAGGCCCUGAUGUUAACAUUGAAGGACCAGAGGGAAAGCUGAAAGGGCCUAAGUUCAAGAUGCCUGAGAUGAACAUCAAAGCCCCCAAGAUUUCCAUGCCUGACUUUGAUUUGCAUCUGAAAGGUCCCAAGGUAAAGGGUGAUGUGGAUGUUUCUCUGCCCAAAGUGGAAGGUGACCUGAAGGGCCCUGAAGUUGACAUCAAAGGCCCCAAAGUGGACAUUGAUGCCCCAGAUGUGGAUGUUCAUGGCCCCGACUGGCACCUGAAGAUGCCCAAGGUGAAAAUGCCUAAGUUCAGCAUGCCUGGCUUCAAAGGAGAGGGUCCAGAAGUGGAUGUGAACCUGCCUAAGGCUGACAUUGAUGUCUCAGGACCCAAGGUGGACAUCGAAGGCCCUGAUGUUAAUAUUGAAGGACCAGAGGGAAAGCUGAAAGGGCCUAAGUUCAAGAUGCCUGAGAUGAACAUCAAAGCCCCCAAGAUUUCUAUGCCUGACUUUGAUUUGCAUCUGAAAGGUCCCAAGGUAAAGGGUGAUGUGGAUGUUUCUCUGCCCAAAGUGGAAGGUGACCUGAAGGGCCCUGAAGUUGACAUCAAAGGCCCCAAAGUGGACAUCGAUGCCCCAGAUGUGGAUGUUCAUGGCCCCGACUGGCACCUGAAGAUGCCCAAGGUGAAAAUGCCCAAGUUCAGCAUGCCUGGCUUUAAAGGAGAGGGCCCAGAAGUGGAUGUGAAUCUGCCCAAGGCAGACAUUGAUGUCUCUGGACCCAAAGUGGACAUCGAUACUCCUGACAUAGAUAUUCAUGGUCCAGAAGGGAAAGUGAAGGGCCCCAAGUUUAAAAUGCCUGACCUGCACCUCAAGGCACCCAAAAUCUCCAUGCCUGAAGUUGACUUGAAUUUAAAGGGUCCAAAGGUGAAGGGUGAUGUGGAUGUUUCUCUGCCCAAAGUGGAAGGUGACCUGAAGGGCCCCGAAGUUGACGUCAAAGGCCCCAAAGUGGACAUUGAUGUCCCAGAUGUGGAUGUUCAUGGCCCUGACUGGCACCUGAAGAUGCCCAAGGUGAAAAUGCCUAAGUUCAGCAUGCCUGGUUUCAAAGGAGAAGGCCCAGAAGUGGAUGUGAACCUUCCCAAGGCUGACAUUGAUGUCUCAGGACCCAAAGUGGACAUUGCUGUUCCAGAUGUCAAUAUUGAAGGCCCAGAUGCAAAACUGAAAGGUCCCAAGUUGAAGAUGCCUGAGAUGCAUAUCAAAGCCCCCAAGAUUUCCAUGCCUGACAUUGACUUAAACCUGAAAGGUCCCAAGGUAAAGGGUGAUGUGGAUGUUUCUCUGCCCAAAGUAGAAGGUGACCUGAAGGGCCCUGAAGUUGACAUCAAAGGCCCCAAGCUGGACAUCAAUGCCCCAGAUGUUGAUGUUCAUGGCCCCGACUGGCACCUGAAGAUGCCCAAGGUGAAAAUGCCCAAGUUCAGCAUGCCUGGCUUCAAAGGAGAGGGCCCAGAUGUUGAUGUUGCCCUUCCUAAAGCUGACAUUGACAUUUCUGGCCCCAAAGUGGACAUUGAUACCCCAGAUGUCAAUAUUGAAGGUCCAGAUGCAAAACUAAAGGGCCCAAAGUUCAAGAUGCCAGAGAUGAACAUCAAAGCCCCCAAAAUCUCCAUGCCUGAUAUUGAUUUUAACUUGAAGGGCUCCAAACUGAAGGGUGAUAUAGAUGUCUCUCUGCCCAAAGUAGAAGGUGACUUUAAGGGCCCUAAAGUUGAUAUGAAGGUUCCCAGUGUGGACAUUGAUACUCCUGAUGUCAAUAUUGAAGGUCCGGAAGGAAAACUAAAGGGACCCAAAUUUAAGAUGCCUGAGAUGAACAUCAAAGCCCCCAAGAUCUCUAUGCCUGACUUUGAUUUGCAUCUGAAAGGCCCCAAAGUAAAAGGUGAUAUGGACAUUUCACUACCUAAGGUGGAAGGUGAUCUGAAAGGGCCAGAGGUGGACAUAGAAGGUCCUGAAGGGAAACUCAAAGGUCCCAAGUUUAAGAUGUCUGAUGUUCAUUUCAAAACUCCACAAAUCUCCAUGAGUGACAUUGAUUUGAACUUGAAAGGACCUAAGAUAAAAGGAGAUGUGGAUGUUUCCAUUCCUAAACUGGAAGGAGAUCUGAGAGGCCCUAAAGUCGAUGUUAAAGGCCCUAAGCUAGAUAUAGACACUCCUGACAUUGGCAUUCAUGGUCCAGAAGGGAAACUGAAGGGUCCCAAGUUUAAAAUGCCUGACCUGCACUUCAAGGCACCCAAAAUCUCCAUGCCUGAAGUUGACUUGAAUUUAAAGGGUCCAAAUUUGAAGGGUGAUGUGGAUGUUUCUCUGCCCAAAGUGGAAGGUGACCUCAAAGGCCCUGAAGUUGACAUGAAGGGCCCCAAAGUGGACAUUGAUGUCCCAGAUGUGGAUGUUCAUGGCCCUGACUGGCACCUGAAGAUGCCCAAGGUGAAAAUGCCCAAGUUCAGCAUGCCUGGUUUCAAAGGAGAGGGCCCAGAAGUGGAUGUGAGCCUUCCGAAGGCUGAUAUUGAUGUCUCAGGACCUAAGGUAGACAUUGAUGUUCCAGAUGUCAAUAUUGAAGGCCCAGAUGCAAAACUGAAAGGUCUCAAGUUGAAGAUGCCUGAGAUGAAUAUCAAAGCCCCCAAGAUUUCCAUGCCUGACAUUGACUUAAACCUGAAAGGUCCCAAAGUAAAGGGAGAUGCAGAUGUUUCCUUGCCCAAGGUGGAAGGUGACCUCAAAGGCCCCGAAGUGGACAUCAGUGCCCCAGAUGUUGAUGUUCAUGGCCCUGACUGGCACCUGAAGAUGCCCAAGGUGAAAAUGCCCAAAUUCAGCAUGCCUGGCUUCAAAGGAGAGGGUCCAGAAGUGGAUGUGAACCUGCCUAAGGCUGAUAUUGAUGUCUCAGGACCCAAGGUGGACAUUGAUGUUCCAGAUGUGAAUAUUGAAGGUCCAGAAGCAAAACUAAAGGGCCCUAAGUUCAAGAUGCCUGAGAUAAAUAUCAAAGCUCCCAAGAUCUCCAUGCCCGAUGUCGACCUGGAUUUGAAAGGGCCUAAAGUGAAAGGAGAUUUUGAUGUAUCUGUUCCUAAGGUGGAAGGUACUUUGAAAGGCCCAGAAGUUGGUCUUAAAGGUCCAAGUCUAGAUUUUGAAGUCCCUGAUGCCAAACUCAGUGGCCCAACUUUGAAGAUGCCAUCACUGGAUAUAUCUGCUCCUAAAGUGACUAUUCCUGAUAUUGAUUUACAUCUCAAGACACCAAAAAUUGGAGUUUCUGGUCCAAAAAUAGAAGGUGGUGAAAUGGACCUUAAAGGACCUAAAGUUGAUUUAGAAGCUCCAGGCUUAGACGUACACGUUGAAAGCCCAGAUAUUAAUGUUGAGGGACCAGAUGUUAAAAUUCCCAAAUUUAAGAAACCCAAAUUUGGAUUUGGGGCAAAAAGCCCUAAAGCUGACAUCAAGACACCUUCAGUAGAUGUGACUGUUCCUGAGGCAGACCUGAACUUUGAGACUCCUGAAAUUAGUGUUGGUGCCAAGGGCAAGAAAAGUAAGUUUAAAAUGCCUAAAAUUCAUAUGAGUGGUCCUAAAAUUAAGGCCAAAAAACAGGGAUUUGAUUUAAAUGCUCCUGGGGGUGAAAUUGAUGCCAGUCUCAAGGCUCCUGAUGUGGAUGUCAAUGUUGUAGGGCCGGAAGCCGCACUCAAAGUUGAUGUGAAAUCUCCCAAAACCAAGAAACCUAUGUUUGGAAAAAUGUACUUCCCAGAUGUAGAGUUUGACAUUAAAUCACCCAAAUUUAAGGCUGAGGCUGCCCUCCCUAGCCCCAAAAUGGAGGGUGAAAUCCACGCACCUGAUCUGGAUAUUUCUUCACCAGGGAUUAAUGUUGAAGGUCCUGACAUGAAGGUAAAGGCUCCCAAGUUCAAGAUGCCAGGUGUGGAUGUCUCAGGGCCAAAAAUAGAGGGUGAUUUGAAAGGCCCCAGGGUGCAGGCCAACUUGGAUGCACCUGACAUCAACAUCGAAGGCCCAGAUGCUAAAAUCAAAGCACCAUCUUUUGGUAUUUCUGCCCCUCAAGUCUCUAUCCCUGAUGUGAAUGUGAACUUGAAAGGACCAAAGAUAAAGAGCGAUGUUCCAAGUGUGGGACUGGAAGGACCAGACAUAGAUCUGCAAGGUCCAGAAGCAAAAAUCAAGUUCCCCAAAUUUUCAAUGCCCAAGAUUGGUGUCCCUGGUGUGAACAUGGAAGGUGGGGGUGCUGAGGUCCAUGCCCAGCUUCCCUCUCUUGAAGGAGGCUUGAGUGUACCAGAUGUUAAGCUUGAAGGGCCUGAUGUCUCUGUAAAGGGGCCAAGAGCCGACUUACCUUCAGUGAACCUCUCUAUGCCAAAAGUCUCUGGCCCUGACCUUGACCUGAACUUGAAAGGACCAAGUGUAAAGGGAGAUGUGGAUGCAUCUGUUCCCAGUGUGAAGGUGCAUGCUCCAGGUCUCAACCUCAGAGGUGUCGGUGGAAAGGUGCAGGUAGGAGGAGAUGGCGUGAAAGUUCCAGGGAUUGAUGCCACAGCAACACUUAAAGUUGGGGCACCAGAUGUGAUGCUAAGGGGACCAAGCCUGCAGGGAGACCUGGGUGUCUCUGGUGACAUCAAAUGCCCUAAAGUAUCCGUAGGUCCUCCUGACCUAAGCUUGGAGGCAUCUGAAGGUGGCAUAAAACUUCCUAAAAUGAAGCUGCCCCAAUUUGGCAUCUCCACCCCAGGGUCUGACUUGGACAUUAAUAUCAAGGGGCCACAAGUUGCUGGGGAGCUAAAAGGGCCAGGCAUGAAUGUGAACCUGGAAGGGCCUCAGAUUUCAGCACCGGAUGUGGACUUUAAUUUGGAAGGACCAAAAGUGAAAGGGAGCAUUGGGGCCACUGGUGAGGUGAAAGGUCCCACUGUUGGAGGAGGUCUUCCAGGUGUCAGCAUUCAAGGCCUAGGAGGAAACUUCCAAAUGCCUGGAAUUAAGUCCUCUGGAUGUGAUGUGGCCCUACCAGAUGUGAAUGUGAAACUCCCGACUGGGCAGAUUUCUGGUCCUGAAGUCAAAGGCGACCUAAAAGGUUCAGGUGUAGGUUUCCACGGGGCUGCUCCUGAUAUCAGUGUGAAAGGGCCUUCUUUCAAUGUGUCAUCUCCUGAGUCAGAUCUUGGCAUCAGCUUGAAGGGCCCCAAAAUCAAAGGAGGUGUGGAUAUUUCAGGGGGUGUCAGUGCCCCAGAUAUCAGCUUGGGCGAAGGACAUGUGAGUGUCAAAGGUUCUGGGGGUGAGUGGAAGGGACCCCAGGUCUCCUCUGCUCUCAACUUGGAUGCAUCUAAGUUUGCUGGGGGCCUUCAUUUCUCAGGACCAAAGAUAGAAGGAGAUGUGAAAGGAGGUCAGAUUGGACUUCAGGCUCCUGGGCUAAGUGUGUCUGGGCCUCAAGGUCAUCUGGAAAGCGGAUCUGGAAAAGUAACAUUCCCCAAGAUGAAGAUCCCCAAAUUUACAUUCUCUGGCCGUGAGCUAGUUGGCAGAGAAGUGGGGGUGGAUAUUAACUUCCCUAAAGCAGAGGCAACUGUCCAGGCUGGUGCUGGAGAAGGCGAGUGGGAAGAGUCUGAAGCAAAACUUAAAAAAUCCAAAAUCAAAAUGCCCAAGUUUAGUUUUUCCAAACCUAAAGGGAAAGGUGGUAUCACUGGCUUACCAGAAGCAUCCAUUUCUGGGUCCAAAGGUGACCUGAAAAGUUCAAAGGCCAGCCUAGGCUCUCUGGAAGGAGAGGCAGAGGCCGAAACUUCUUCACCCAAAGGCAAAUUCUCCUUAUUUAAAAGUAAGAAGCCACGGCACCGCUCAAAUUCAUUCAGUGAUGAAAGGGAGUUCUCUGCACCUUCCACCCCCACGGGGACUUUGGAGUUUGAAGGUGGGGAAGUGUCCCUGGAAGGUGGGAAAGUGAAAGGGAAACAUGGAAAGCUAAAAUUCGGUACCUUUGGUGGAUUGGGGUCGAAGAGCAAAGGUCAUUAUGAGGUGACUGGGAGCGAUGAUGAGGCAAGCAAGUUACAAGGGAGUGGAGUGUCCUUGGCCUCUAAGAAGUCCCGACUGUCCUCUUCUUCUAGCAAUGACAGUGGGACUAAGGUUGGCAUCCAGCUUCCUGAGGUGGAGCUGACGGUUUCUACAAAGAAAGAGUAGAGGGCUCUGUAUGUGUGUACAUAUAUAUAUAUAACAAAACAGCAGCCUCGGGUGUGUUUGUAUAUAAACUCCAAAGAGAAACACACCGACAGCCUCAGCAAUAAUGCAGAGAGCUUGCCUCUCCUGGUGGCAAGCACUGAAAAACCAACUGCCUUUCGGCUUCUGGAACUAUAUAGAUAGGCAGAGAAUUCCAAGUUCAUCCAGCCCAUGUGCAAAGUCAGCAGUAUUUGCCUUAAGAUUUCAGGUAUUUUUUUUGCAUUGAAUGCUGAGAGCUCCUGUUUAUUAAGCAAGCUUUUGUGUUUAUUAUCAUUUUUACUGAACAUUGUUAGUCAAGGGUAUCGGAAACCCACUUUUUCAUUGUAAUGACUUUUGGGGCUUUUGUUAGUAUGGGAGGGUGGGGUAAUAGGCAGCAAAGAGGGCCAUGUCUCUAUUUCUCCUAAGAUUGGAUCUAUUCAAACAACAAACACCCAAAGAUGGCCCAGAGGAGGCGGCAGCUGGGGUGUGUGGGUGUUUCUAGAGCUCUUUAGCAUUGCUUUUUUUCCCCCCCGGGGAUGGUGUUCCCAGAUGGUUUGGUGCUGGUGGUGAGAGGGAAUUAAAAUUUGUUUGCAAAUUGUCCAACCCACCAGCUCAAACUGAAGGGCUUCCAGUCUGUGUUUUGUGAGAAAAAUGUUGUAUUCACAACUGCCAUGCUCCUGAUAUUCUGAUUUCUUUUAAAAUAUUAUUGUAAUUCAGAAAAUUUCCAGCACUUUAAUGGCAAAUUAAUUGAGAAUGUAAGAAAAUCAAUGCUGUACAAAGCAAAUAAAGCUGUUUAUUAACCCUGA